CUCCCUUCGGUGUACGUCAGGCAGGAGGCGGAAGCGUAGCGGGGGCGGGAAGGUUGUAGAGCCGCGCGUUGGUCUCUGUUUGCAGGUCUCUAAGUGGUCGCGCCCCCUUUGAGAGAGCGAUCGGACGGCAAGGAGGGCCCUGGGUGCUCUCUUGGCCCUGGAUAGCCGCCUCCCCACCUUCCUCACUUCCCUUUCUCGGGAUGCUGUCGGCCGCAGCCCCCGCCCGGCCUGCGCUCCACGCCCUCCUGCAAGGACCCUUUGAGAAGCAGGGGACUGUAAAGUGCUGACCAGUUGCCACUGAGCAUAGCUGAAACAAAAUAGGAAGAUAUGGCAGCAAACCCUUCAGGACAAGGUUUUCAAAACAAAAACAGAGUUGCAAUCUUGGCAGAACUGGACAAAGAGAAGAGAAAAUUACUAAUGCAAAACCAAUCGUCAACUAAUCAUCCUGGGGCGAGCAUCGCACUCUCGAGACCCUCUCUUAAUAAGGACUUCCGGGAUCACGCCGAGCAGCAGCAUAUCGCAGCCCAGCAGAAGGCAGCUCUGCAGCACGCACACGCACACUCAUCUGGAUACUUCAUAACUCAAGACUCUGCCUUUGGGAACCUCAUUCUUCCUGUCUUACCUCGCCUUGACCCAGAAUGAAGAAAAGAUUUGUCAAAAGUGACUAUAAUAUCAGAUGCCAAAGCUACUAUCAUUUAGUGCUAUACAAACUGUGACUUUCAGAAUUUUUGGUGAACUUCUAUACUUUUUUGCUUCUUUAAAAGAAAGGCAUGUGUAUGUCAAAGCAGAAAAGGAGGGUCACCAGGAGGAUGAGAGUUUUGGAAGCCGUAUUAUCUAAGGAACUGAUGAUGCUACUUGUGACUGUUUUGGAACACAGUUUGAUUUUUGAACCCAAAUCAGACUCUGAAUUGGAUGGUCACAUAAAUUCACCCCCCACCCCCCAACUAGGUGGAUUGAAUAUAUCAUUGUCCGCAGUAGACUUUCAUGAAUAGUACUUAACUUUAAAGAAAUGAGGGUGCUUUUAAAAAUGUGAACCAGUAGGCUUAAAUGAUUUACAUUCAUAUUUGGUGUUUAUAGAAUUGCUAUCAGUGUACCUUUUGUGUUUAUAGUCAACUUGUCAUUCUUAAAUAUUCUUUAACUCAUGACUAACUCCUUUAUUCUCCAUUUUCAAAGAAAAUCUAAGAGUAAGUUACCAACCAGUCUUUAACAUCUUUUAUAAAUCUAUGCUACUAUAAAUUAUGUGACUAAAUGUGAUUAAAAACAAUGAUAAGAAAUUUGAUUUAAAAA